AUGGAUGCAUUGGCUAAUGCCGUGCCCGACCCUGUGGUAGCCUCUGCCCGCCCGCCCUGGCACCUCCACUGCCCCUGGCGCAUGCAGGGGGGCGGGCGUGGGGGAGCGGGUGGGCGUGGGGGUGGCGGUGGAGGUUGGGGGAGAAAAGCAGGAGUGCAGAAACGGGCGGAUCAGCAGCAACAGGAGGAGCAGCAGCAGCAGCAGGAGGAAGAGCAGGAGGGACAGGGAGAGGAGCGGGCGAGGGCGCGGCUUAAGGCGUGUGUGGCGGGGAUGCUGCAGCAGUUGGGGUGUGAGGGCGCAACGGACAGCGCCCUGUCUGUGCUCACAGACGCCCUCUCCCACCGCCUCUCCCGCAUGGGUCGCUCCCUGAGGGCCUGCCUGGACCGCUGUGACCUGCUGCACCUCGCUGCCACGGGCAUGGGGGGUGUGGGGAGCGUGGAGGGAGGCGUGGGGGGAGUGGGGAGUGUGGGGGACGGGGCUGUGAUGGAAGGGGAGGGGGAUGGCGUGGGUGGGGAGGGGGAGGCGGAGGAGCAGCGGCAGCAGGCGAUGCAGAUGGCAGCAGCGGAGAUGAUGCUGUACGGGGCUGAUCCUCUUAUCGGGUAUGCUCUUACGGGGUAUGCUCUGAACGAUAUGCUCCUAUCUUGUAUGCCGUGCAUGCGGUGUGCUCGUAUCGUGCUCUUCCGCUCCCUCUGUCCACUGUCCAUCUCAUCACUGGCAUCGUUUCUCCGCUGCCCCUCACAGCCCACGCGCCCGCCCCUACCGCCAGCAGCCGUGGCUGCCUUUGCUGCGUCCCUCGGCCUGCCCCACGCCCCCACUGCUGCACCCACGGAUAUGGCUGGGCUGGGUGGCAUGGGGGCCAUGGGAGCCGUGGGAGGCAUGGGGGGGAUGGGAGGGAUGGGAGGCAUGGGCAGUGGUGGGGGCAUGGUUGGUGGAGGAAUGGAUGGGUUGGGGGGGGCAGGUGCGAUGGCUGGACUCGGGGGGAUGAGUGCGGUGGGGGGGAUGGGGGGAAUAGGGGGUUUUGGGGCUGUAGGGGGUAUGGAGGGCAUGGGGGGAAUGGGGGGAAUGAGUGGGAUGGGGGAGAUGGGGGGGAGUGAGUCGGUGGCGGCAGCGCUGGCAGCAGCGGCAGCAGCUGUGGCGGCUGCAGCAGCUGGGGGCCUCACUGGGGGUGCUGGCAUGGGGGCGGGUGGGGGGAUGGGGGCAGGCGGGGGAAUGGGGCCAGGGGGGGGGAUGAACAUGGGCAUGGCGGAAGGCAUGGGGGCACUUGUAGGGGGAGUAGACGGAAUGGGUGGAGCAAUAAGGAGGACAAGUGGGGGAGGGGGGGAAAUGGUAGUCGAUGGGAUAGAUGGGUUAGGAGGGAUGGGAGGAGGGAUGGGAGGAGGAGGGAUGGGAGAAGGAGGGAUGGGAGGAGCAGGAGGGAUGGGAGGAGGAGGGAUGGGAGGAGGAGGGAUGGGAGGAGCAGGAGGGGUGGGAGGAGGAGGGAUGAGAGGAGGAGGAGGAGGAGGAGGAGGAGGAGGAGGAGGAGGAGGAGGAGGAGGAGGAGGAGGAGGAGGAGGAGGAGGGGGGGGAGGGAUGGGAGGGGGGGGAGGAGGGACGGGAGGAGGAGGGAUGGGAGGAGGAGGGAUGGGAGGAGGGGGGAUGGGAGGAGGAGGGAUGGGAGGAGGAGGGAUGGGAGGAGGAGUAGGGAUGGGAGGAGGGGGGAUGGGAGGAGGCGGGAUGGGAGGAGGAGGGAUGGGAGGAGGAGGGAUGGGAGGAGGAGGGAUGGGAGGAGGAGGGAUGGGAGGAGGAGGGAUGCAAGGCCGCAUGGGGCAAGGCAACUCGGGGCAGGGCGGCAUGGGGCAGGGCGGCAUGGGGUUGCAUGUGUCGGGUUCUUUGGCAUCCUCCGACAGUCCCCUUGGUGCCUCCACGUUCCAGCAGCAACAGCUGCUGCUGCACCAACAGCAGCAGUACCUGCAGCAGCAACAGCAACAGCAGCAGCAACAGCAGCAUCAAUCGCAGCAGCAACAGCAACAGCAACAGCAGCAGCAACAGCAACAGCAACAGCAACAGCAACAGCAGCAUCAAUCGCAGCAGCAACAGCAACAGCAACAGCAACAGCAGCAUCAAUCACAGCAGCAACAGCAACAGCAACAGCAACAGCAACAGCAGCAGCAGCAGCAGCAGCAGCAGAGUUCCCCCAACGUGUCGUCAUCUUCGCUCAGCGGCACUCCUGCUGACACGGCCGGCAGGCCGCAGCAUGGGGGUGCGGAGAUGGGUAUGGGGGGCAGGCAGGGCAUGGGAGGUAUGGGUGGGCCUGGUGCAGGGGCUGGGGGGGAAGGAGCGGGAGAUGGGGGGUUUGGUGGGGGCAUGGGCGGCGGUGUGGGUGGGGUAGUGGGGAAGGGCAGGGGCUCGACGAUGAGCGUUUCUGCUGGUGGUAGUGCCGGGAGUGUUGGUGCUGCUGGUGCGGGUGCUGCUGGUAUUGGUGCUGGCGCUGCGUCUGCUGUGGCUAGCAGUGUGGCAGCAGGGGGGGCAGUAGCAGGGGGAGGGGAGGUGAAAGGUGCUGCUGGUGGUGGUACUGGGAAGGGAAAGAAAGGGGAGGGGAAGAAGGGCGGAGGGGGAGGGGGCAAAGGAGGUGGAAAGGGAGGUGGCAAGGGAGGGGGGAAAGGAGCAGGAAGGGGAGUGGGUGGGGCAGCAGGGGCAGGCAGGGGAGGGGGAGCAGCGGCAGCAGGGCGUGGGAAGGGAGGAGGGGGUGGAGGGGCAGGGAAGGGGGCAGGGGCAGGUGGAGCGGGUGCAGCAGGCGGGGCAGGGAGAGGGGAUGGGGCGGGUGGGGCAGGUGGGGCAGGUGGUCAGAUGGGCACUUGA